GGUAUAAAGUGGAGGGUGUAAGGGGCAUUUUGUGCGGACAGUGGAAGAGCAACAGCAGGCAGUCUCCUCUCUCUCUCAGCAUCUGUAAGAGUCUUCUACAGGCCCAAAGCGUCAUGGCAGCCCAAAUAUUCAAAGGCGCUGGGGAGAAGCCCGGCCUGCAGGUGUGGAGGGUGGAGAAGAUGAGUCUGAACCCGGUCCCCAAGGAGCUCUACGGGAACUUCUUCAGCGGAGAUGCCUACAUAGUGCUCUACACCACAUCUGCCCCGUCCUACAAUGUCCACUCCUGGGCAGGUAUCGAUUCGUCCCAGGACGAGAGCGGGGCGGCGGCCAUCUUGAUGAUGCAGCUGGACGAACAUCUGGGGGGCAAACCUCGUCAGUUCACUGAGUUUCAGAACGAGGAGUCCAUCACCUUCACCGGCUACUUCAAAUCAGGCAUCAAGUACAAGAAAGGAGGAGUGGCUUCAGGCUUCAACCACGUUGUUACUAAUGAUAUCAAAGUGGAGCGCCUUUUACACGUAAAGGGGAAGCGCAUCGUCAGAGCCACUGAGGUCCUCUUUUCCUGGGAGUCUUUUAACACUGGGGACUGCUUCAUCAUCGACCUGGGCUCGAACAUCUACCACUGGUCUGGAAGUGAGAGUAACCACUUUGAACGUCUGAAGAGUACAGCUGUGGCCAUAGACAUCCGCGACAACGAGCGCAAAGGCCGAGCAGAGGUGCACAUGAUCAAAGAGGGUGAAGAAACAGAAGAAAUCAUCAGUGCUCUGGGGCCCAAGCCAGAUCUCCCACCUGGAACCACGGACACCCCUGUGUCAAAGCAGGCCAAGUGUGAAGCUUCUCUCUACAUGAUUUCAGAUGCUGCUGGGUCCAUGAAGGCAACUCGAGUGGCUGAGAAGAACCCAUUCAAACAGGACAUGCUCAAUCAGAACGACUGUUACAUCUUGGACAAUAAAGGCACCCACACGCUCUUUGUCUGGAAAGGAUCAAAAGCUAAUCCUGCCGAGCGAAAAGCAGCUCUGUUAGCCGCCCAGCAGUUUAUUAAAGACCACAACUACCCAAAAAACACUAAGAUCCAGAUCAUUCCAGCUGGAGCAGAGACCACUCUUUUCAAGGAGUACUUCUUCAACUGGCUGGACAAAGACGAGACCACGGGCCCCAGUCAGGGUUACACCAUUGGGAAAAUCGCCAAGGUGAAGAAAGUCCCAUUCGACGCCUCCGGUCUCCAUAACAACGCCGCCAUGGCCGCCCAGCACGGAAUGGUGGACGACGGCUCAGGCGAAGUCCAGAUCUGGCGUGUGGAGGGUGGUGAUAAAGUUGCCGUUGAUGCUUCGACUUAUGGUCAGUUUUAUGGAGGAGACUGUUACCUGGUGCUGUACUCCUACAAGUGUGGAGGCCGAACCAAGCACAUCAUCUACACCUGGCAGGGAAAGAAGUGCUCCAAGGAUGAGCUGGGAGGUUCUGCCAUCCUCACUGUUCAACUGGACGACUCUAUGGGAGGCGUAGCAACCCAGGUGCGUGUGACCCAGGGGAAGGAGCCUGCUCACCUGGUCAGCCUGUUCAAAGGGAAUCCCAUGGUGGUGUACCUGGGUGGAACGUCCCGCGACGGAGGACAAAGUUCACCAGGAGAAACCCGCCUCUUCCACAUCCGCCUGAGCUCCACCAAGGCCACUAGAGCUGUCGAGGUUGAGCCCACUGCCUCCUCCUUGAACACCAACGAUGUGUUUGUGUUGAAAACCUGUGACGGGGUUUACCUGUGGAAAGGCGUGGGUGCAGCUGAGGAGGAGAUGGGGGCAGCACAGUACGUGGCCUCUCUGCUCGGAGGGUCGGUCACAGAGGUCGAGGAGAAGAGAGAGCCAGACUCUUUCUGGGCUGCACUGGGAGGAAAGAAAGAGUACCAGACAUCAAAGACUCUGCAGAACGCCAUGAAGCCGCCACGCCUGUUCGCAUGCUCUAACAAGACUGGAAGACUAAUUGCUGAGGAAGUGCCCAGGGACUUUUCACAGAUAGACUUGGCUACUGAUGAUAUCAUGAUCCUGGAUGCAUGGGACCAGCUUUAUGUGUGGAUUGGAAAGGAUGCAAGCGAUGAAGAGAAGGAGGGUGUGGGGAAGAUUGCUCAAGACUACAUUAACAGUGACCCAGCAGGCCGGCGCGGGACCCCCAUAGUCACCUUUAAGCAGGGAGAGGAGCCACCCUGUUUCACCGGAUGGUUCCAUGGCUGGGAUGACGACAUGUGGCAGAAAGACCCUAUGGAUCUGAUCAGCCUGAUGAGCCAGAAGAAGUGCCACUAAACCAGAAGAAGCCAAACCUGCAAUGCCUUUUUCACUUGUGUAGUGCUGUUAGUUUAAAUGUUUAAAUCCAUCAUGAUACCCCCAUUAGAGAGACUUUUCUGCAGACUGUGUUGAUACUCUGCAUCAGAUAUCAUCUACAUUUCCUGGGGGGAGGGGUGACGCUAGCUAGAGGCUCUGCUCUGUCUGUUACUCUUAGACUUUAAUCCGAGCUUCAUUAUAAAACCUUCUGACCAUACUGACUUAUCUGGAACUAGAAGCCUGAUGUCACUGCAAAGUAUCAGUAUGAAAAUAGACAGUGGUGCCAGUUAAAAAGUAAGAUAUUACAAAAGUAUAACAAGAUCUAAACUAAUUCUGGUAGCAAAUAUAUUUUCUUAAACAUAUCCUACAUGUAAUACCACUGUCUAUUUAAAUUUACAGCCUGUAGUUUUGAUUAUAUUGUAAGACAACCAUACAUUUGUGGGAAAAAUAGUUUUAAACAUUGAAAAGAUGACCUGAAAUGCUUUGCCAAAUCAACUCUGUAAUAGCCACUUAACUGGUUCUGCACUCCAAUAAACUUUAAACUCAAAA